AUGUCGCAUCCUUCCGUGCCUCGCGAGAAACUCAUGAGAAAGUGUCGACAGAAAGCAGUAGAAGAUAAAGAAGCCACUGAUAUGGAGGAUCUCUUCAGCGAAAAGGAAACCCAUAAAAUCAGAGUCUCUUUGCUUGACUGGUACGAUGAGAAUCAGCGAGAUCUUCCAUGGAGGAAGAGAUAUAGUGAAGAUGAGAAGGAGAAAAGAGCUUAUGAGGUUUGGGUAUCGGAGAUUAUGCUGCAGCAAACUAGGGUUCAGACUGUGAUGGAGUAUUAUAAACGUUGGAUGCAUAAAUGGCCCACCAUUUACGACCUUGCUCAAGCUUCCCUUGAGGAGGUAAACGAAAUGUGGGCAGGUUUGGGGUACUAUCGGCGGGCACGUUUUCUUUUAGAGGGAGCAAAGAUGGUUGUUGAAGGGAAGGAUGGUUUUCCAAAUCAAGCGUCUAGCUUGAUGAAAGUUAAAGGAAUAGGAGAGUACACAGCCGGAGCAAUUGCCUCUAUUGCUUUCAAUGAGGUGGUACCUGUUGUUGAUGGAAACGUGAUAAGAGUGCUUGCCAGACUCAAAGCAAUCUCAGCUAAUCCGAAAGACCGUCUUACCAUAAAGAACUUCUGGAAACUAGCUGCGCAGCUAGUGGAUCCUUCACGUCCUGGAGAUUUCAACCAGUCUUUAAUGGAGCUUGGUGCGACUCUAUGCAGUGUGUCAAAGCCAAGUUGCUCUUCUUGUCCUGUUUCAAGCCAAUGCCGUGCAUAUUCGCUUUUCCAGGAAAACGAAACCAAUCCUGUGACAGAUUAUCCUACAAAAGUAGUCAAGGCCAAGCCGAGGAGCGACUUCUGUUGCGUGUGUGUUUUGGAGAUACUGAAUCAGGAGAGGAACCAAUCAGGAGGGAGAUUUGUUCUUCUAAAGAGACCUGAAGAGGGUCUUCUUGCUGGUCUUUGGGAGUUCCCAUCUGUUAUAUUGGAUGAGGAAGCUGAUUCCGAAACGAGGAGGGACGCGAUCGAUGUCUACCUUAAGGAAACGUUUCAUGUAGAACCCAAGAAAACAUGCACUGUAGUUUCAAGAAAAGAGCUUGGAGAGUUUGUUCACAUCUUCACACACAUACGUCGGAAAAUAUAUGUGGAGCUAUUAGUCUUACAGCUUACAGAAGGUGAUACAGAUGAUGAUCUGUUCAAAGAUGAGGCGAAGGAGAAUCUGACAUGGAAGUGUGUGGACAGUGAUGUUCUUUCUACCAUGGGACUGACAUCGGCUGUUAGAAAGGUGUAUUCAAUGGUUGAAGCACACAAGCAAGGCUUAUCUGUUGUUGCUAAGGUCUCAUCAAACAGAACAGCCGUUUCGAGGAAACGAAGAAUCUCAUGA